CUUUCUUACUCCAACGCGAUAGAGAUAACCCCGAGUAGAGUUUUCGAACGUAGCCCUGGGUACUGUCAGUGACAUACCAGUAGUGCCACAGCACUCUGAUCGAAAAACACGGGCCUAGUGUAAAAAGCAACCGUGCUCCGCGGUUCGUGUGAGAGGACUGAAAGGAUCAGUUUGUCAGUGACAAGGAAGGAGAGAGCGAUUGGGAGUAUCGAGCUUGGUUAUGCUGGUGUUGACAGUUCUGGGAAUGCACGUGGUGAAAAGCUCCGCGAAUCAUCAUGCAUACACUGACGCCGACAGUUUCCGACAUAUAAAUAAUACAUAUUGUCAAAAUAAACGCUAACGCUCUACGAGAUAUGAAUUAAAACAGCGUCGACGUUUUAUCGGCAUUCCUGUCAUUAUUAAGGUAUUAAAGUGUGGCUUUCAACAUGGCGGUGCAGCCCGUGCACUCAGCCCGUACGUUUCUACGAUCAUCAUGACUACGCUGGACUGUCCUGGCUUCACGCACUCAGCACACGUUCCUGACUCCACGGCAAUACUUGGAAUACCGCACGUACGAUACCCCUGAGCACUCGUUACGUCGAGUGUGGUUAGAUUCGUUUCACGAUACGUUCGUCGAGACAACCGAGGAAGGAGCAUCAUCCUCCACAGCCAGCUGACCAUCUUCGAGCGAUCACACGGACACGUAUCGCUCAAGCAACAUAAAAAAAAAACACGUCGAUCCAUUGCUCUCUCGUGUCGUAUUGUUUUUAUGGGAAACACAACUAUUGAAACGAUCGAGUACAGUUCUUUGAAGACAUUUGGCAAACCUGUCCUGUGCCAGCCCACCUGCAAGCAAUUUAAAUAAAAAUACAUUUUGAAUUCUCUCAUCUCGCAAAACUAUCGCAAUUGUAUAAAAGUUUACAUUUGUUUUACAACAAAGCUGCAAUCCAACAUAUAUAUAUAUAUCCUCUUGAGGAUAACUAUAAAUUUUCAUAAAAAUAAUAGAAUAACUAGCUAAUUACAAAGUCAAUUUACAAAGUAGAAAGAUACCUAAUUUGCCUCGAUUUGCCAGAAGCAAAAUAUAAAAUAUUUUAUUUACUGAGAGAGGAAUUCAAUUUGCACGACGUAAAUGUGUCUCUCAGUAGAUUAACUCUUUUUUUCUUUUAAUUUUUCAAAAUCAGGAAAAGCUGAUUUUGUUUUUUGAAAUCAGUGAAAACUGAUCGGAAUUAGACCUUGUCAGAUUAGUGUCCUGAUCAAAACUCCAAGUUUAUCUGUACAUUUUAUCAUUGUUAAUUCAAAGUUGAUUUCUUUAGAAGAAGAAUAGUUUCUUUAUACAUAGACUUUGUACAUUUUGACAGCGAAUGUAAUCAAUUAGUUUCAAAUACAGCCUGUCAAAAUUUUUGAGUAAACAAAUAGGUAAAUAAAAUUUAAGUAAAACAAAAAGUUUAAGGAUAGGAGGAAGAGAAAGAAAAAUCAGAGAAUUUAAAAGAGCUUUAAAAAAAAACUGCUUGUACGUGCAAACAAUCUCUUCAAGUUGCGCGUUGUUGAUGUACGAUCGUUUUUUUCUUACUUGACACACGCAAUUACGGCUCGACAUUGUUUUUACGUUCGGUAAUAAGACUUUCCUGUUCAACAAUAAUACUCAGUGUUCCUUGCGAGUUGCCUGAAUAUUGUAAAGUCUGUUAAACUUUUGAUAAUAAUAAUGGCCGAGACACAAAGAAUGACGAUAUAUGGAAGGUAUCCUCCGUGCUCCAAUAGCAGCAGGUUGGAAGAACGCCGGGCUAAAAGAUUGGCGUUGCGACACGAGAGGAAUCGGAAGCCGGACAAGCCGGACGAUUUUGUGUGCUACGAGUCGAGUGACGACGAGGCCGAGACGGUCAUCGAGGGCAAACAAUUCCUGAGAACGUCGUUCAACUUUGUGGACUAUGUGCGUGCACGUGAAACGAACACACGUGAAGUGCGAAAGAUUAAUCAAGAGUAUGGUUCCCGGCACAUACUGACCCACGACCUGUUCAAGGAGUAUUCGGUCAGUUUGAACAACAUGAACAAAGUAUUCUGCUCGCAGUGGCUGAGCGACAGACAAGUAGUGUUCGGUACAAAGUGCAACAAACUUAUGGUCUACGAUGUGGCGACGCAGAAGCUAGACCAAAUCCCGUCUCUUCACGGAAGACAGCUCAGUCCGGGCAGCAACGUUAUGCCCGAGCAGCAGUGUGGGAUUCAUUCCGUUCAAAUCAAUCCAUCGAGAACUCUUUUAUCCACCGGAGCGAGAAAUAGUAAUGAAAUAGCGAUAUACAGAUUACCAACUUUGGAUCCAGUUUGCGUCGGCGAGAGCGGCCACAGGGACUGGGUGUUCGAUAUGUGCUGGCUGGACGAUGAGUUUUUAGUGUCCGGCUCCAGAGACACGAAAAUGGCACUAUGGCGUAUCGACAGUGACCUUGCUGAAGCUCCUGAUAAAGCGGACGUACCUACGCACAGGUUGAUUCAGCCUGUUUGCGUGAAAGAAUGCAAGUCCGCUCAGAAAGUACGGGCGCUGGCAUUCAACAAAGCGUAUAAAGAAAUAGCGGCGCUAACGCUCAAUAGUUUUAUACAUAUCUGGUCAGCCGAGUCCUUCAAACAAAAAAUAUCCAGAAAACUGCCAGCUUGCCAGGAGAAUGUUUGUCUUGCUGUACAAGAUGAUGGUGUUUACGCGAUUGGAUGUCGCUCCUAUACUCUGCUUUUGGACGCACGUACUUUACAGCCAAUUAAAAAGAUACCAUCAAGAUACAGCGGCUGUGGUAUCAGAUCAGCUAGUUUUCAAGGAUCCGUUCUCACGAUCGGAACUGGCUUAGGGAUGCUUAUGUUUUACGACGUUAGGGCGCAGAAAUAUCUGGAAUCCUCCAUAAACUCCAACAGGACUGUCGUAUUAAAGGCAUCGAAAGGAUACGUGUUUCCAGAUGAAGAGUAUAUCGACGGUUUCCAAAAUGUGAAGUACACCCCCGCUAUUUACACGCACUGUUACGACGCAUCAGGUACCCGGCUUUUUACGGCAGGUGGCCCAUUGCCCGCAAAUCUGUAUGGCAAUUACGCUGGUUUAUGGCAAUGAAGAUUUAAGAUUAAGCAAAUAAAAAACUAGUAAGAUAAUUGAUAAAUUAAACGAUUAGCGUAUAUAAAGUAUGCAUGUGUGAGUGACUUGAUUGUUUGAUUAUCUGAACAGUUGACUAUAUGUGUUAUAUAUCUCAUUAAUUUAAUGUUUCGAAUUUUUGGAAACGAUUGGACAUUUUUCGAAUCUUCUCAAUUCUUCAAUCAUCUUGAGUCUUUAUUUCAAAAACAAUUGUAUAUAAUAUCUGUACGCGUGCGUAUAGAUAAUGUAAAUAAUUUUACGAUUGUUUCAAUUUCUGUCUCUAUUUUGAAGCUAUAAAACCUAUUCCAGCAGAGUUAGCUUAUUUUUAUCGACAUUAUUAAUAAAUUUAGUUUAAAGGACAUAGAUUAAUGUUUUCCUUGUUUUUUUAAUAUUAUGUAACCAUAAUAAUUCAAUAUUCUAUUAAUUGAAGAAAUGUUAUCUUGAUUAUAAUACAUAUUUAAAAAUUAUGUAAAAAAAAGAGUUCAAAUCAUUAAAAAAUGAGCACUAGUUGCAUCCAGAUUAUAAUACACUAUGUCAUUGUAUUUAGACAUAAUAUAUUGAAUAUAAUUUUUCGAGUAAAAUGUCGAAUUCAAUUUACAAAAAUAGGUUUUAAUUCUUUAUGUUUCCACUUGAUUUCAAUAUUGAAUUUAACAGAGAAGAUUCCAGUACAAUUCAGAUUCGCCAUAUUCUUUAAAUUAUUAAAACUUUGUUAAAGGAAUCCGCAAUUCAAUUAUUUCAGAAUAGUGUUUCCUUCUGAUCCGAAUCUAACAAUCUUAAGGAGAUCUUGGAGUCGUCUGUAUUAGCGACGAAGUGAAGGACUUUUUUUAAUGGAUCUUUUCAUUGGUUGCGCAGAAUGGAAAAUCCUUUUGCACGAUAUCAAGGCACCUAAUCUUGUGCUCCGUUUUACUCUUGGUCACGAUUUUAGAGAUGCACAUGAGGAAGGAUUUAUUGUUCCAUGCAGCCAAAAAGAAUUGUAGUUGGAACAAAGUUCAUGGUAAAAAAAAAAACAGACGACUCCAGGAUUCCCUUAAGUGACGAUAUUAGAUAAUAUGUAAAAUUUUAUGUUACUAAUUAAGCGAAAUUGUGAUUCGUAAUUUCCGUGUGCAAAUGUAAUGCAAUAUAUAUACUAUAUAUAGUAUAAAAAAUUGUUACAAUUUUCAGAAUGUUAUUUUUGUAGGGUAAUUUGGCUGAGAUACUGCGUUAAAAACUUUUAAGAAGGAAAUUAUAUAUUUUGGUUUUCUUUCAAAACGAAGUAAUGCACGCGGAUAUCCUUCAUAAAAACAUGACAACAAAAGCCUUCAAAAAAUAAUUUACUUCUUUUUUUAGAAUAUUAUGUUCACGUAUGACUAUGACUAUGUAUGUUAAUAUGAUAUAAAUGGAAGGAAAAAUGCUUAUAUCAACGAAAAUUAUAUAAGCGAUGAAUAUUAAGUUUUACCAAAUACAAUCUCUAUCAAGUUGAAGUUAAAACACCGGCCUCAAGACAGCAACGCGCAAGAGAUGAAGGCUCUCAUGUUCAGAACGUUACAACGAUAAAAGUGUUUUUAAAAGUGACUGAAAAAUCAUCUGAUUGGCUCAGAAGUCACUUCUCUCAAUUGAAGGCGCUUUUAUCAUUGUAAGCGUGUUCCGAACACGAGCUUUGUUUAAUACAUAAAACUUAUUUUAACGUAAUUAAUAAUACCAAAUAAUUAAAACUUUUUACCUACGUAUUGCUAUCUCAUCGUAUGACAUCGCGAAGUUAUCCUGAUCACGGAAGCAACUUUUUUACUACAAUUAACAUGUUCGGCAAAUGAGUGUUUAAUAAUACUUUGAAAGAAAAAAAGGAAUUCUAAAAGUUAAUAGCACAAUAAUCUUAGAAAUACCGUCACCUAGGAAUACAUUUUAUAUUCAUCUCUCUCCACUGUUGCGGAUUUCAUCGAACCAGUCGUAUAUUUUUGUUAAUGCCGAAAAUUCAGCUGAAACACUGAGCUCAACGGAAAUUUAAUUGUUCGAGCUUUAUCAGACGUGUGCAGUGUGGUCCUUGCAGUUGGUGUUUGACACGGCUAGAAAAUAUUAUAGAUUACGAGAUGCGUGCAAUAAGAAGAUCGAACAUCCGUGACUAUGUAAAAAACGCCGCAUUUUUCUGUGUGUGCAAUCGGGGAGAACGAGAGAAAAGAAAAAAGUGAAAAAAUAGGAGCCAUUGUUUGUACUGUACGCGCAUAUGAUAGAUUCCCGUUUCAUUUUCAUCAUAAAUAUAUCUUACGAAGGUAAACUUUAGCCGAUAGAAUCCGCCGAUCUUGGUCGGAACAAGCUCAAACUCUAUUCAGGAAAUAAGACGCCCGGUAUAGCAUAUGUUUGCCGUACUUAAGCGACGUAAUGUUUAAUAGUUGAACGCAUCAAUCGUUGUACAACGCGUGUCGACGCAUCAUUCCACCGUCAAAAAGAGCGCCUUUCGCGAACGAGGGAAAAUUGAUGACGAACCAUCAUUGAACCAUCAUCAUACUGCAUAUAACGAACGUGUAUGUUAACAAGAUAUAUUCCCGACCCGCAUACUUAUGAGAUUAUGAAUUGUUAACAUAUAAUAAUCACAUGAAAUCACGAUAUCACGUAAGCUAGGUAAAUGUGUGCAUCGUAUCCACAAUAGUUCUGUAAUCUCACGCUCCUCCCUCUCUCUAUGUAAACGAUCCGAUAUACAUAUAGCAUUUCAUCGAGGGGAAAAAAAUGAAGCCGCACCAUGGGCAUCCGUUUCGCCAAAAAAAAGAGGAGUAUAAAGGAAGAAUCCUCGUCAUUGUAGCAUAAUCGCAGCGGACAUUGUAGCAUACCACAUUGUGCAUUUGGUAUAUACUAUAUACGGGAUACCGAUAUCUCAAUUCAGUAUUUCGAUCGUUGGCCGAUUCAAAUACUGUAUGUAAAAAUUCAUAAAUAUUACACUUCGCCUCUUGCAGGUAUCGUUAAAUUAAAUAUUUUAACCGAAACAGUUUGCAACACUAAUAGCCUAUUUUUAUAAAAGAGCAAUAGUUGACGGGGGUAGUUUCUCGAAACAUUCCUUGGCAUCGUUUCACAGGAAAAUUUUUUCAGAACGCACGAUACGAUCAUACGUGGACUCGAGUUCAAAUUACUGCCACUUGAUCCGUAACGUGAUAAUAAACGUAAUCGAUAAAACAAUUAAUCGAUAAUUUUAUACUCGAGCGUGUACAUAUUUUUUUUAUGUACGCAAUGCUCUGAACGUUUCGGUUUGUCACAUCGACUCGACAGUUGUUAUCGUAAGAGUAAGCGGUAAGCUAAUCACAGUGGCAUGAUUUGAACGGUAACUUUUGAUAAUUUACCAUAAUUACCACGGUAUCUUUGCACACGCAUUGUAAUUCCAUCGGACGAUGAAAACGGCGAAUGAACAAUAUCAUUGUAACUUUAUAUAUGUGCGACUUCGUAUAUCUAUGUAAAUAAAUAUAACAAGCUCUUGAGA